UUUCGAUGCUAAUACUUGUUUAAUAGUCGGUUUUUACAUUAAUGAAUAACUUUUGUCAUUGUGCAGCCUCUUUUCUUAAAAACGAGGGGAUUUGCAUGAGACUGAAUAAGCUAGCAGCCACGUUAGCAGCGUGUUAGCCAACUAGAUGAACUGUGUUAAGAAGCUACGUAAGUAGCUAAUUAGCUCAAGCUAACGACUGUCCUGUUUCUACCAAGCAACUUGUGGCAGGCUGUCGGGUGUCAUCCAGUCUGUGACUGACUGACAGAUGCCUUCACCAUGAUGCUGAGCUGCAGCGCCCUGGUCGUCGCCCUCCUGCUGUCCCAGGCCAGAAGCUUUCUGAACCCCUUGGAGGAUGGCAUUGUUCCUGAGGAGUGGGUACUGCUCCACGUGGUUCAGGGCCACAUCGGGGCUGGAAACUACAGUUACCUGCGCCUCAAUCACGAUGGGAGAAUCAUCCUGCACAUGCAGAGCCUCAAGGGAGACGCGGACCUGUACGUGUCAGAUAAAACCCUGCGGCCAAGCUUCGACACCUACAAGCUGCAGUCGGCCACCUGUGGCCAGGACGUGGUGGUGGUGCCGGGGGACUUUGCGAGGCCUGUGGGUAUCGGUGUUUAUGGACACCCGUCUCACCAGGAGAGCGAGUUUGAAAUGCGGGUGUUUUACGAUCAGACAGUGCCCCAGGACCCAUUCCAUAAAGACUUGUACACCUCAGAAGAUGGACACAAGCCACCGAAAUCUCCUCAGGCAACGGACGAGGACUUUCAGGAAGAGGAGUCGAUCUUAUGGACAAUUCUCAUUGGACUCUUGAAAAUUAUACUUGAGAUUUUGUUUUGAUGAUGUGAAAAGCUUCCUCCUGCUGUGACAGGAGGAGGAGAUUGUGUUCUUGGCUCAGUCAGCUGACAAAGUAAAGAAGAUUAUUUGCAUUUCUCCGUCAGGAUAAGAAAAGGUCGCACCAAACUCCAGUGAGAUUUCUGCCGUUUUAACAGUCCGGUGUUUGUGAUCAAACAUUACAGGUUAAAGUGUUGAGUACAUACUGUACGUCUCAGUGGAUGGCUGGUGUGCUGAAUUCACCAGUGAAGCCCGACCAAUCAGAAGCUGCUUCACAGAUUCUGUAUGUUUGACCAUAAGCUAAUGUUAUAGAUGUAUUAUGAGAGCUGGAUAUGGCGCCGCCACUGCUCAGCCAGUUUUUCCUAGUAGCCACAGCAAAAAAAUCACCCUAGGGCCCUAACAGCAUUUUCUCCAUAGACCACAAUGAUGAAAGUCGUGUCUGUAAAGCUAUUGACAGGACACCUCAAACUGCAAACCAGGUCUGUUAUCACUGUUCGAAUUAUGAUUUUUAAUGCAUGAAGGUUUAAUGUCUGUAAAACAUUCCCAGACCCUAUAAAGCAGAGUUUUAUGUUAGUGAUGUCACCACUUUGUGAAGUCUAUGGGCUGAGCAGGAGGGCAGGGAAAACAAAUGAUCAUGUGCAGUGGGCCGCACAACGAGGAAGCAAACCUGGAAGAAAAAGGUUUUUGGAGUAUGCACCAUGACAGUGGGAAGACGUGGCACCAUCUUGGAAUCCAGUAUCCUGUUCUCAUAACACAUCCAUGGCUAAUGUGCAUUAGCCUGCCAGAUUUAGGGUGUUAUUGGCUUUGGUGUCUGCUCCCGGCGUGAGUCUGUGUGCAGUUCGACUAAAGGGGGAGAGGGAUAUGUCUGGAGUCUGCUGGGGCACUUGGCGGGUUUUUUCAGUUAACACUCACAUGCACAUAUGUAAGUUUAAAGGUUGCUGUAAACAUUCCACCUUUGCAUACUGGUGGUGAACUGGUCCCUUCUAAAGCAACUACUCUGUAAAAGAUGGGGAACAAAAUUUGCAGUCCUUGUUUUGUGCACAAAUGGAAUCUUGAAAAUUAAUUUGAAGCUGAUGUGAAGUGUUGUUGAUCUGAGGCCUCAGUGUGUUUCAGAUGAGCUGCAUCUGUGUGUAGAAGCUCACCGCUGCGCUGCCUCCCUAACCUGUCUGUCUUGAUGAACUGUAUAAAUGGAGGUACCAGUGCACACUCUCCGACAGACUCUCCCUGAGGGUGUCGCUCCUUUGGAAAAGACAAAACACAUCUGGGUAGCUCAGUUCUGCCUGUUUCUCAGGACGCACACCUGGACAGUCACUGCAUACAAGUGGCGCUUUCGGAGAGUUACCAAAGUUGUUGAACAUGUUGAAAAGAGCAGCAGACGUUUAUGUUUAUGUGAAGGAUGCUGAGACCUGUUGCUGUGGGUGUUUUAAAGUUAGUUUCAUCCGUCCUUGCUGAUCUGUGGUGGUUGCAUGUGUGUUUGCUGGGACAGAACGGUAAACCUACAGUACACAGGCCUCUGUUAGCCUCAGCCACUAACAAAGGACUGCAGUGUUGUCUCCAGUCAUCUACAUUGCAUUCCCACUUCUACAGCAACCAAAUCUAUAUAACGCGUGUGAUUGUUGGGUGAAGGUAGACUAUAAAAAGAUGAGCGCUCACCUCAGCCUGUGAGAAAAUGAAACCACUUGUCUUAACUCUGCACGGCAGCAUCACACAGGAUGUGAACAGGUUUAUUUCAGACAUUAAAAUGAACCAUGCAGCCACUGGGCCCUGACGUUGUUGGUCAGGAGGGAAAGGUUUACAAAGAUGAUGGAGCUUUGUCGAGCUACACUGAUAUUCACCAGGGCAGAUUGUGAAGUUUGAUGGAAGUCACUGAAGGUAAAGAUGCUGCUGAAUAUGUUUUCAUGUUUACGGGAUUAUUUUUACUUUGGGCUCCAAAUGAGACCAUCUGGUUUGUGCUACCAGCCUGUUAAUGUCAGUAGCAGUGUUUCAUUUGGUUUGGUCAUUCGUUAGUCGUUUGCUGUUGGAUUUAAACAUCGCCUCCAGUGUGGGAGUUCACUUCUGAGUAAACUUGUCACCACCGAGCAGAAAUGUUCAGCAGUGCCUUCAGAUCAGUCGUCUGCUGGUGUUCCCCGGACGAUUCAAUCAGGUUUCUUAAUAAAGCAGCUGUUUUUCAGACUGUUAAAAAUCU